CGGAUACGGACAAAGUAAACAUUGCACCAGAACCUUUUGUGUAAAAUUUUCACUUUUUUCUCUUUAUUUUCUGUUUUUUCCGCUGAAGUAGAAACAUCGAGAUGUUAAGCUUAUUAAAGAAGGAGAUCGAAUCCAAGAGGAGGUCCCUGGAGGAGAGCAAUGUCAUGGAGGGCGACAAGAAGUACUUCAAGCGGGCCGAGUUGAGCGCCCGCCAGGCAGACGCCUACUGGAAGAGACUGGGCGUCGGGCCUCGGGACGGGAAUGAGGGAGAGGACGGCUCCUCCAACCAAGAGGGCGAGGCCUCGCGGUCGCAGGACAAGGUGAACCAGGAGGUGGGUGACGCGCCAGAGCUCCCCCGCGCGGAGGUCCUCCGGAGGCUGAGGGAGAGGGAGGAGCCCAUCUUGCUCUUCGGCGAGACGGAGCACGACGCCUUCAAGAGACUGCGGCGGCUGGAGAUCCUGGAGCCGGAGGUGAACCGGGGUCUGAGGAACGAUUUCCAGGAGGCCUUGGAGCGGGUGGACCAAGCCUACCUCAACGAAAUCCUGAAGACGGAAGGAGGAGACGGCGUCCGAAAUGUUUCUCUCACGGGCGAAAUCAUCACGAUGGAGAGCCUGAUCGAGACGGCGAAGGACCUCAACAACGGCAACGCCUCGUUCGAACUCAGGUGCAAGGUCAUCCUUAAGUUUGUCGAGCUGAUUUUGCAGUUGUGGGGCAGCAAGCACAACGCGCGUCCGGAGGCGGAGAAGCUCAGCGUCCGGGGGAAGAUGGACUCCGCUACCUACACGCAGACGCAGUCGUACCUGAAGCCCUUGAUCAAGUGCCUCAAGAAGAGGUCUCUACCCGACGACAUCAUGGAGUGCCUGACGGAGAUCGUGCAGCACUGCCUGGAGCGCGAUUACGUCAAGGCCAACGACGCUUACCUGCAGAUGGCCAUCGGCAACGCCCCCUGGCCCAUCGGCGUGACCAUGGUGGGCAUCCACGCGCGAACAGGGCGAGAAAAGAUCUUCAGUAAACACGUGGCCCACGUCCUCAACGAUGAAACGCAGCGGAAGUACAUCCAGGGCCUCAAGCGGCUCAUGACCAAGUGCCAGCAGUACUUCCCAGCUGCGCCUUCGAAGUGCGUCGAAUACCAGGCAGUUGCUCAGUGAAAAGUCGGGUUGUAAAUUUCUUGGGUCCCUGUACCCGAAGACGGGUUCAUGACCUGUGGAAAAUAUGUGGAAGACAGCAGAACAUGAAUGGCAGACUGAGCAGGAUGAGUGAACAGUUUCCGAAAAUUCACUUUGAAAAUAAAAACA